AUGGGGUUUUUCAGAAAAGUUUCGCAUCAUACUUUGGAAGAAUUAGAUGAAAAACAAUCUAAUACUUUGGAAAGUAAGCAAGUAGAUGCCUUAUUCCUACCAAGUGGUACUACUUCACCAAAUAUUUCGAAAACAAAUACAAGUAAUAAACAGAAAUCAAUAAGAAAUUUGAAGUUUAAAAAAUCAAGUUUAUCGAUAAAGACAAAUAAUACCUCGUUAUCCACUAAUCAACAGACUCGAUUAGAGAUGAAUUCCUCCAAUGAUAAUACAACCAGCAAUACUACAAUGACUAGUCAUUCUAAUAAAUCCUUAAAUAUUCCAAACAGUAAAAACAAUACAUACCUUAAUGUAAACCCCUUCUUACUCAAUUACACCACCAAUUCUAAUGGUAAUGAUGACCGUGAUGAUGACCGUGAUGAUGAUGAUGACACUACACAUUAUACAAAUUCACUCACUUUUGCAACUUAUGAUAGUGUGAAGGAAUCUAGAAAACUACGAAAGGAAUCAGAAAAAAAUGGAGUUCCUUUUAUAAAUGCUAAUGAAGUUUGGAUUAAAAGAAGAAAUUUAUGGACAACAAAAAGUUCUAAUUGCAUAGAUUCAGAAGUUUUAGAAAAAAGAAAUAAAGUUUUUGAAACUAUACCUCCUGGUUAUUAUUCCAGAGUUUAUAAGAAACUGGUAGUAGAUGAUAAACCGUUGUUGGAACCUUUGAAUUUACAAAAUGCAAUUAGAGUUAUUGAUGCUGGCUGGACCGAAACUAAAAAAUGGGAUAACGCUUCUAAAGGAUUGUGCUAA